AUGUCAUCACAAAUUAUAAGAAAGAAAAUUAUUCAAAGUGUCAUGGUCAUGACUUGUGACAGUUCAACAUCAAGAAGACUACCUAGUUUUAUUAUUCUUGCUUUGAAAGGGGUCAGCAUUUUGUUGAACCGUGUUCAUGCAAAAAAAAAUCCGAUUGAUAUACAUCGUAAAAAGAAGUCGAUGUACAAAAGAGAUUCAAGGGAGAAUGGUUGGGUUUUGGGAACAGAUAUAAUAAAAUAUAAAAUUGAUGAAGCACAAACCGAAAAAAAAUUUUUUAAAGACCAUCAAGAUUGGCUGUAUAAGACCUUUAUUCAAAAAAAAACCAAACGUUUAAUGACUAGCCUGAAUCGCGAUCAUAAAGCAACCGGUAUUCUGAUAUUCAAAAGCCCUGUUUAUGGCAACACAAGUCUGCCUCAUAAACAGAUAAUAACACCACUUAGUCAGAACGUAAAUCGAAAACAACAAACAUGUUAG